CCCCUCCCGAGCGCUGAAUCGUUUCUCGAUUUUGUUUUCUGGUUUUUGCCGUUAUCAUUCUCUGGUCCUCCCUCGAUUCUUCACCCAUGGCCACCUCAUCAUCACCUAACGCUUCUUAAUCUUUAAUUUGGGGGAUCUGGUAUGCCCUUGUUGAAUCAGGCCGAGUAAGCUGCUUCGUCAUUCGACCAACGCUUUCUGUUACCGCGACUAUAAGCCGCCUUAUAAGUCCAGACACUCUCCUUCAUCACUCGCCAACAUGGAUUCAUCAAUACCAUCGGCGCUCAGACGCGCUGCCGAAAGCAGUACACAAGCAAUCGGCGGUCUAGUAAAACGAAUCGCCAUCCCACUCAAGCCAAACAGUCCGCCUGGUCUAGUCCAAGCAUUGACAGUAGACCCGUGGUCCAAAGCCGGCAAAUACGGACUGGGUUGGACGUACUUUUCGCUUGUCAUCGUCGGUCUCGUGUUGUUCAUGAGGAUAUGGCACUUUUGGCAGGACAAGAUUCGACAAGCGAUAUACAAGCAGGAGAUGGAGGAACACUUUCGACAGCUUUACAGCCUGGAACCAGAGUGGGAUAGGUCGGCAGCAUUGGUCACGGGAAUGACAGCAGCAGAAUCGAGACGACAUUUCUUUCCCGAUGAGCCGCCCCUCGAAGAGAAAGACUUCAAGCCGAAAGCUCACUUCUCGUCCAUCGGCUUUGUUAACGACACGUUGGCCCUGUUCCGAUGGGUAUUUUACCGACCGAUCCCCGAUAUUGUAUGGAAGAAACAUCGGUUUACCUGCUCAUCUCUCGCCGUCUUGUUCUGCGUCUUCGUUUCCAUUGCCUUCGUGACGAUCUACUGCUUUCUCCAGCAGCCGCUUUACUGGCAGAGCAUUCAAUUCGGUUCUCCCCCGGUCGCUAUCCGUGCCGGCAUGAUUGCGGUUGCCAUGACCCCCUGGAUCGUCGCCACGAGCACAAAGGCCAACCUUCUCACCCUCAUCACCGGCAUCGGCCCCGAGCGCCUCAAUGUCUUCCACCGAUGGCUUGGAUACUUGUGCCUGUUUCUCUCGUUAGUUCACAUGGUCCCGUUCUAUGUGCAGCCGGUGUGGGAAGAUGGAGGUAUGCAGGUCUUCGGAAAGCUGUUUCCCCCAGGCAGCGGAAUCAUCUAUGGCUCCGGAAUUGCUUGCCUGGUGCCUUUAUGCUGGCUCUGUGUUGGCUCACUGCCUUUCAUCCGACGAAUGGCCUAUGAGGUGUUUGUUAUACUUCACAUCCCGGUUGGCGUGAUCUAUGUCGGCUUGCUCUUCUGGCACACCAAGAACUUCUUGCUGUCAUGGGGUUAUCUGUUCGCUUCCGUUGGCAUCUUCGUUGUCUGCAACAUUAUCCGACUUUUCAACUUGAACUGGGCGAAACCUUGGCGAAUGGCCUGGUUGAUUGGCGACGAGGCGGCCAUCAAUAUCAUGACCGAGAAUGCCAUCAAAGUGACCAUUCCAACUCAGAUGCGUUGGAAACCAGGGCAAUACGUUUAUCUACGUAUGCCAGGCAUCUCUCUCUUUGAGAACCACCCCUUCACUAUUUCUUCAUUGUGCAGCGAAGACUUUCCCUCUGAAUACGGCGAGAACUACAGAGAUUGCGUGUUGGUCUUCCGGCCGUACGGCGGCUUCACAAAGAAAGUCCUCGAUACUGCCAUAGAAAAGGGACCAUUCCACACCUACCGCGCUUUUCUUGAUGGGCCAUAUGGAGGCAUGCGUCGGGAUCUGGCCGCUUUCGAUACAUGCAUUUUGAUUGCGGGCGGUAGUGGCAUCACUUCUCUGAUGUCACAGCUAUUAAACCUCAUCAAGAGGAUGCGUGAUGGAAAAGCCAUUACCAAGAAGAUUGUGGUUGUGUGGUCACUGAAGCGUCUCGAGGCCAUGGAUUGGUUCCGCGAAGAACUUCGUAUCUGCAGAGAGGCAGCACCUCCUGAGAGCGUGACCUGCAAGUUCUUUGUCACAUCUACACAACGUCAGCAGCUUCAUGCUGGAAUACCGCACGGCCGCGCGCCGAGACCAUUGAGCAACCUUUUCCACGAUAAGCUGGAUGGGUUUGUUUCAAACAUCGCUAACAAGCGGAACAGCGCGCUGAUCAUGGCGGAGGCGCAGGGCGAUCCAGAAAGAGAGCGUGAGCUCCGCGCUGAAGAUGAGGACCGGAUCACCGCCUUGCCGCAACAAAAAUAUUUACAACCUCAUCAUUUUCCUCCUCCGCCUCCGGGGCCGCCACCUAACCAAAGAUAUUCCGUUGCUGAGGAUACACUCCGCAAGCUCGAAGGGCGCGAUGUUAAGGACCCAUCGCUGAUGAACCCAGUCGACAGCAAGGACGGCGUCAAGAAGGAUGGCGAAUUCCAUUUCCCAGCAAUUGCCCCACGGCCUGACAAGGCUCCGCACUUCAACUACGCACCACCAGCAGCAAAACAGCGAUACAGUCAGUGGCUUGCCCAAACAGGUGGUGAUCCCGAAUCCCAAGGUCGACCCAGCUACGUAACCAUGAGAGAGUCUGAGGACCAGGACCACCAACAACAAGCGGACCGACAACAAGAGCAACACGAAGAAGGAGUCGAGUACAACAACAACCCUUAUUCUGGCCAAGAUGCCUCACAAUUACCUUACCCAAUACCACCACCUCCUCCUGGACCUCCACCUGGACACAACCCCGCUGGUGCCGCCGCCGAAUCCGCUCCUGCUCCCCAGGCAACCCAACCGGUCCGUCCCCCUGAACUAGCCCACCUCCGCACCGAUAACCUCCCAGCAGCCCAGCGGCCCGCUACCCGUCCAAUCUCCACCUUCGGCCCCCCCUCGGGCUUCGACUUUGGCUUUCCUAACACGCCGACCGAGUUUCAGAAAUCGCUCAUGCGCUUCGCCUUUCCCGUGCCGCACCAGAUCGACGGCGGCUGGAGCGUCGAGUACGGCCGCCCGGACCUGGGGUACAUGCUCAAGGAGUGGGCGACCGGCGGGCCCGACGGCAGAGGCGUGCUCGGACGCAGGACGGCCGUGUUUGUGUGUGGACCGGCGAGCAUGCGGGUUGGUGUGGCGAACACGGUGGCGAGGCUGCAGGCGGAGAUUUGGGGGGAUGAUAUGUUGGAGGAGAUCUUUUUGCAUACGGAGAAUUAUGCUCUGUGAGAGGGUGGCGUGGAGAAGAAAAGCGGCGUUCCCUUUUGUUUUGUGUUGUUCUGUUUUCAGAGAUACCUAUAUGUUUUUACUUGUUUGGGUGUGUACGAUUGUGCCAGUUACCCUUUGUGUUUCCUUGUCACU